UGAUGAUGAUGGCGGCCAGUAUUAAAAAAUAGCAGCAAAAAUUAUUCACCAGCUUUGUGUGUGUGUGUGUGUGUGUGUGUCUCUCUCUCUCUCUGUGUCUCUGCAAUUGUUCCACGCUUUUUUCCUCUCCAGCUUUUCCCCCAGCAGCGCGAUUUCCCUGCUACUCUAGCUGCUCAGUAGCACGGGUUUCACAGGGGAAGGCUUGCUGCUGCUGCUGCUGCUGCCGCCGCUGCCUGGGAUAUCUAAACAUAUAUCUAUACACACAUAUAUUGCUGCUUGUUUUGUCUCUGACUUUGACAACGACAAGGGGAAUUGCUACUAAAUAAUGUUUCUGUACGAUGAGCUGCCCCAUUACGGCGGGAUGGACGGAGUAGGGGUGCCGGCUUCCAUGUACGGAGACCCUCACGCUCCCCGGCCGAUCCCCCCGGUUCACCACCUGAACCAUGGGCCGCCGCUACACGCCAGCCAGCACUAUGGAGCCCACGCCCCGCACCCCAAUGUCAUGCCAGCCAGCAUGGGAUCGGCUGUCAACGACGCCUUGAAGCGGGACAAGGAUGCGAUCUACGGGCACCCGUUGUUCCCCCUGUUAGCGCUGGUCUUUGAGAAGUGCGAGCUGGCGACCUGCACUCCCCGGGAGCCUGGUGUGGCCGGCGGGGAUGUCUGCUCCUCAGACUCUUUCAACGAGGACAUCGCGGUCUUCGCUAAACAGGUCCGCGCUGAAAAACCACUUUUUUCUUCAAACCCAGAGUUGGACAAUUUGAUGAUCCAAGCAAUACAAGUACUAAGGUUUCAUCUUUUGGAAUUAGAAAAGGUCCACGAGUUGUGCGAUAACUUUUGCCAUAGGUACAUUAGUUGUUUGAAAGGAAAAAUGCCAAUCGAUCUAGUUAUUGACGAAAGGGAUGGCAGCUCCAAAUCUGACCAUGAAGAACUCUCAGGAUCUUCCACAAAUUUAGCCGACCAUAACCCUUCAUCUUGGAGAGACCACGAUGAUGCAACCUCAACGCAUUCAGCAGGCACACCGGGGCCCUCCAGUGGGGGCCAUGCUUCCCAGAGUGGAGACAACAGCAGUGAGCAAGGGGAUGGUUUAGACAACAGCGUAGCCUCACCUGGUACAGGGGACGAUGAUGAUCCAGACAAGGACAAAAAGCGUCAGAAGAAAAGAGGCAUUUUCCCCAAAGUAGCAACAAAUAUCAUGAGAGCGUGGCUUUUCCAGCAUCUCACACAUCCAUAUCCUUCAGAGGAGCAGAAGAAACAGUUAGCCCAAGACACAGGACUUACAAUUCUACAAGUAAACAACUGGUUUAUUAAUGCCAGAAGAAGAAUAGUACAGCCUAUGAUUGACCAGUCAAAUCGAGCAGGUUUUCUUCUUGAUCCUUCAGUGAGCCAAGGAGCAGCAUAUAGUCCAGAGGGUCAGCCAAUGGGAAGCUUUGUAUUGGAUGGUCAGCAACACAUGGGAAUCCGGCCCGCAGGUUUGCAAGGCAUGCCAGGGGACUGCGUCUCUCAGGGCGGUCCUAUGGGUAUGAGUAUGGCACAGCCAAGUUACACUCCUCCCCAGAGGACCCCACACCCUACUCAGUUAAGACAUGGACCCCAAAUCCAUUCAUAUUUGUCAAGUCACCCCCAUCACCCAGCCAUGAUGAUGCACAGCGGACCCCCUACCCACCCUGGAAUGACCAUAUCAGCACAGAGCCCCACAAUGUUAAAUUUUGUAGACCCCAAUGUUGGUGGACAGGUUAUGGACAUUCAUGCCCAAUAGUAUAAGGGAACUCAAGGGAAAAAAACAAAAACAAACAAAAAAAUCAAACCUAUUUUAAGACUUUUGAACUUUGACCAGAUAUUGACACUUAAAACAAAAUUCCAGACAGCUGUGAUUAUUUUUUACUUUUGUCAUUUUUCAUCAACAACAGAGGACCAAUGAGAAAAGAACAGAAAUGUGAAAUCAUGGGCUCACUGAAACAAUUAUGUCCAUGUAAAGAUCCUCUGAGGGGAAAAAACAAACAAAAAAGACUCCAAGAGUUAUAACUACUGUAGUAUAAACAUAGGAACUAAGUUAACUUGUACAUUUCUGUUGAUCACUCCGUUAUGUUGCCUCAAAUAGUUUUAGAAGAAAAAAAUUCCUUGUUUUCCACACUAUGUGUGUUGUUCCCAAAAGAAUGACUGUUUUGGUUCACCAGUGAAGUCACUAUCCAUGAAAGACUACAGUAUAUUUCAGACCAGUUUUGGCCAGUGAAAAAAGAAUUACCCUGGAGAUGAAGAUGAAAAGUCCUGCUGGGUCUCUGAUCACUCAGAAGACAGUUCCAAGAAGGCGUUGCCGUCCCCUGGGUUUUGUUCCUUCAUAAAUGUGUCCUUUAGUUUCAAACAGAUCUUUAUAGUUUGUGCUUCAAAAACCUAUUUUUUGGACUCUUCUUCAAAGAGCUUGCAGGUGAAAAUUUAAAAGACAGAGCAGGAGCUUCUUCCAGUGGUUCUGAGCCUUGGCUUUGGACAAAACAAAACUAAAGUUGGGCAGCUUUCUCAAUGAAAGAAGUUACUAAUGGUCUUUGCACCAAACCUAGAACUUUAUCAUGAACUCAAAGCUUGGGAAAAAAGCAAGAGAAUACUGUAACAAACUUCGUACAGAGUUCGGUCUAUUAAUUGUUUCAUGUUAGAUAUUCUAUGUGUUUACCUCAAUUGAAAAAGAAAAAAAAAAGAAUGUUUUGCUAGUAUCAGAUCUGCUGUGGAAUUGGUAUUGUAUGUCCAUGAAUUCUUCCUUUCUCAGCACGUGUUCCUCACUAGAAGAAAAUGCUGUUACCUUUAAGCUUUGUCAAAAUUUACAUUAAAAUACUUGUAUGAGGACUGUGACGUUAUGUUUAAAAAAAAGGUGUUAAGUCACAAAAUGCGGUAAUAAAUAUUUCAUUUUUGAUUUUU